UUUCUCUCUUCCUUUCGUAUCUCUAGCAACAGAGGUAUUGAUGUCAGUUGUCCAAAUGCAGAGCCAAUCAACAAUCAGCUGGACAGCCCAGUCAUUGUAGAUAGCAUAUAUAAAGCCCAGUGAGUGGACACGAUCUCACGGACAGACAUACGUUUCGAAAAGCUACAGCUAAACAGUCCGUUUUGGAAACCCACUACUUCCCCUGCUCAGAAGCAAUGGAUCUUCAGGAAUGGGCCAGCAUUCUCCAGAACACGAUUGAGGAGCAUGACAUAGAGGACACCUGGAGCAUUGAAUUUGAUAACACCAUCAUUCCUGAUCACCCAGCGAGAGGUUGGCAGCAGUACAUCAGUGGGGCAUUUGCAAGGUUCAUGUGCUCAAAGUGUAAGAGGACCUGGCCUUCGAAAAGAGUUCUGGUGGUGUUUCACAUGCGUCUGUUGGAGGACAAGGGGAUGGUUAAAGUGAAACGCUACAGACAGGAGUGCAAGAAGUGUGUACAGAGUACAAUGGAGGAGCCUCGUUUUAAGACGGAGAACAUUGAGGUGCUGCUGGAGAAGCUUGUUGUGAAGAUCCUCGUCAAGUGCUACCAUGAGGACGCAGGCGAAAAUAAUAACCCAUUCCAUUUGGAAGGGAGGAGUGAUGGACCCCAUGAGGCUGCCCAUUGUGAAGCCUGUAAACAUGGCAUCUGCAGACAGGUGACCACAAAAGAAACAGAAUGAAAACUAUUGAAACAUCUGGGAAAUGUUUCAUUCCUAAAUGUAUUGUAUAAUCAAUGAACAAUUUUGAGGAGAGUUGGAUGUGGAACUGGAUAUAAUACUGUAAAGAUAAUUGUAUUUCCUGAUGAAGCUGCGAAAACUAUAUCCUCUGAAUCAAGGAUGGGGGAAAAAAAGAAGGUAUUAACUGAAUUGUCCACCAUUUAAUCCAGACAAAAUGUACUUGUUUUUUUAUUCAAAAGUUGAUAGUUGAUUGAGAAAGUAGUUUCCGAUAUGCAUUCUUUGCAAUAAUCUCUUACACUUUAAAAGAGUUGAAGGAAUUACUUCUCAACAGGUGUACAAAUCAUAUCCCAUAUGUCAGGUGAUGACCUUUAUGGUGCAGAGACGACUGGCUACAAUGCAAAUACAUACAAGCAAGGCAACAUUGCUUUAGAAGCCCAUUUGCAUCCAUUACAAAUAUUUGUGGGACUUUAGACAGAUCUUAGUGUGUAAAACGUGACAACAUUUUUAUAACGUGUGUGUGUGUGUGUGUGUGUGUGUGUGUGUGUGUGUGUGUGUGUGUGUGUGUGUGUGUGUGUGUGUGUGUGUGUGUGUGUGUGUGUGUGUGUGUGUGUGUGUGUGUGUGUGUGCUUUGCAUAUGGCAUCAGCAGGGAGUAAAACACCCUUUUAUGAUUUAUAACUUUGAAUCAAAUGUCCUGACCUGCUAUAAAACUGCUUUAAAUAUCUAA